GGGCCAGGGCGGCGCGGGUAUCCCGAUUCUCCAGGACAGCGGCUGGGCUCCAUUGAUCCAGCGUCCGCGGGGGUGGGGGACAAGGAAGACGGCGAGCCGCGCUGCCCCGCCCCGGCUCUCCAUAUAUGUUCUGUUUCAGUGACUGGGGCCAUGAGGAGUGAGUGAGUGAGUGAGAUGGUGGGCGGCUUUGUCUUCGUGACCCUGGCUUCGUGCCUCUGGGUGCUGUCGGACGGCGUGGAGCCCAGGAGGCUGAAGGAUAUGCGGCAGCACGCCGGCUUGUGGGAGGCCGAGCAGCCCGCCGCCUGCCCGCCGACGUGCCACUGCUACAUCAACAUCCUCUCCUGCCACCCGGAGAUGCCGCUGGGCCCGCACACCCACGACGGGUUCUCUUCCAGCUUCGAGUCGGCCGCGACCACGGCGAGCAGCCUCUGGAACGCCACGGGCGUCCUCACGCAAGUGCCCCGAGGGAUCAGAGGCACCAUGUCCGGCAAUGUCAUGACGCCAUUCACUGUAUUGGAUUUUCGUGAUAACAACAUUUCAUCUAUAUGGAAAGACGACUGGCUUUUACUUCCAAAAGUAGAAUAUCUAAAUUUAAAGGGAAAUCGCUUAACGGAUCUGAUUCCAGAUACCUUUGAAGAUCUCUCACUAUUGAAGUACUUGUUUUUAUCUUAUAAUUCUAUUAGGUUUAUUGCAGAUUAUAUCUUCCAGCCUACUCCGGAAAUUGAACUGAUUGAUAUAAGCAACAACAAGUUGCUUGCAAUUCAAAGGGACCUCUUUCGGACAAAACAUGGAUUACGCUUUCUGAAAGUUUUGGAUCUGAGUAAUAACCACAUACUGAUUUUGGGUCCUGGUGCCUUUUCACACCUAUCAAGCUUACAUUUCCUGAAUAUAAGCAAUAACUACUUAAGCUUAAUAGGUGAAGGAGCUUUUGAUAAAUUGAAUUCAGUAAUCUACCUGUAA